CCCACCCCCUGCUCGUCCUCGUCCCUGACGCAGCGCAGCACGAGGAAUGGCGCGCCGGGCGUCCAGCACCGCCUCUACGCCCGCCACCACCACAGCGCCGCCGGCUGCCCGUGCCGAGCCCACAGCGAGGUCUCCCCGGCGGCUGGGCCCUCGAGCAGCAGCGCCAUCGCUCCGGCCAACGGGGAGAAGCCUCACCCCGGGAGAGCCAAUGGCGUGGCCCCUUCCCCCUCCAGCCCCUCCUCCCCCUCCUCCCCGGGGAUGCCAUUGGCCGAGGCUCUGCGCGGGGGGCGGGCCUUAGUGCCAGUGGGGGGUGCAGCCGAGGGACGGGAGGCCCAGAGGGGGCGGAGCCUCGUGCCGGUGGGGGGCGUGGCCGGCACGAGAGGUGGGCGUGGCCAGAGGCACCAGCGCCAGCCGCAGGGCUUCCUGAAGACGGUGUCCAUCAUCGACACCCUGAGCGAGCUCGCCCACGGCCCUGAGGCGACGCGCUUGGCGCAGGAGGAGCCCCGGCCGACCCUCGGCCUCGCCCCCAACCCCCCUUCGUCCUCGUCCUCGUCCUCGUCCUCCUCCUCGAACCACCCGGGCCCCCUCCCCCCCCACCACCAUCCGCCUCUCCCUCCCCCCUCGGCUCACCUUCCCCCCUCGUCCUCCUCCCGGGGGGCCGGACCAGGGGCGGCACCCCAGCCCGCCCCCACGGCCGAGUUCCGGGGGGCAGCCGGCCAGGCGGUCGCCCAUGACUCCACGGCCGGAUUUGGGCCGGCGGUCAGCCAGAUGGUCCCGUCGUACUGCCCUGCCGGUGCCAGUUUUGGGCCGAUAGUCAGCACGGCGGUCCUGUCACACUCCCCUGCCGGCGCUGGCUUUGGGCCAGCGGUCGGCCAGGCCCUCUCGUCCCAUGCCAGCACCAACCUGACCUCAACCCAGCAAGCGGCUGCCGGCGACCCGGCGCCCGCGCCCGGCAGCCAGGCAGCACCGACCCCAGCGGCUGCCGCCACCAACCCCCUCCUCCCCCCCGUGCUCUCGCCCGACUUCCGGCAGUACAGCGAGAAGAUCUACGACGCCGUGACCUCCUCCUCGUCCGGCGCGGCAGGCGUCAGGCGCUGCGUCGGAAGCCUCGGGGGGGCAGGGGGGCCCCUGAGGAUGAUCCCGGAGCGAGGGGCAGGGAGAGGCAAGGAGAGGACGACGGGCGAGAGGAAGAGGGGGACGGGGAGGGCGGACGAGAGAGGCACAGGGACCGGGGGGGAGGAGAGGAGAGGCCGAGAGAGGCCAGGGGGGGGAGGGAGAGGGACAGAGAGAGGCAAGAGGAUCGAGACGGAAAGAGCAGCGGGCAAGGCAAGGCCGAGCGCCAGAGAGGGCGGGAGCAGGAGGCCGAGCGAGAGGGAGCACGGAGGAGCGGGAAGGGAGAGAGGGACGGAAAGAGGCCGGACGCCAGACUGGAUCAAGAGGAUAUUCGACGUCGCCAAGAACGGGGAACUGCACUCGCUGAAGCGCAGUGUUGCCAACAUGGAGGGCUCCCUGAUCCGCAACCUGAGCGACCACAGCGGCAACAACCUCCUCCACGUCAUGGCAGUCUACGGCCACCUGCAGCCCCUGACGUGGCUCCUGUCCACGCACGAGGUCCUGCUCGAUGCCCUGCACGACGAGAACAAGUUCGGACUCACGCCCCUCGUCUGCGCCAUCAAGUACGGCAACCUGCGUCUGCUCCAGUGGCUCGUGGAGAACAGCCGGGUGCGGGAGAAGGUACGGCCGAGGGACGGGGAGCGGUCGUUGCUUCAUGUCGCAGCCAAAUACGCACAGGAGGAGAUCGUACUGUGGCUCGCCCGUUACAUGUCCCUCCGUGAGAUUCCCCUCGACAGCAAAGACCACCUCGGUAACACGGCCCUACACUUGGCGGCCAGGACGGGGAACUGCGGCGUCUGCUCGAUCCUCUUGCAACACGGGGCGGAUGUCACGCUCAAGAACGACCUGUGCCACAAGGCUUGGGAGACGAGUGCCUCCCGCGGCCACGUCUCCUGCGCCGAGUUCCUGUGCGUGCAGGAGGCCGGCCUGGCGCUGGCCGCUGACGUCACGAGGCGGGAGGCCGAGCUGGACGCCGCCGCGGCCGACAACCACGCCUUCAGGACCAGCUUUAAAGAGGCCGUGUCCAUCGCCCGCCGCCUGGCCAAGGACCGCGAAGAGGAGGCCGUGUCCAUCGCCCGCCGCCUGGCCAAAGACCGCGAAGAGGGCCUGCGCGAACUGGCCGGCCUGCGCGACUGCAUGGCGGACGCCCACGAGAGAGUGUUACAGGCCCUGCAAGCGCUGGCGGACGAGAACGCGAGGCUGAGGGAGCGAGUCGACGGCGUGAGGGGCCAGAGGGAGGCCAGAUUCCUCGGGGCGCAGAAGGUGUGGUUCGGCACCAUGGUGGACGUGGAUCUCAGGCACAGGAUGGGCGAAGUGGAAGGCUCUUGGAAGCGACUCAGGGCCAAAAACCACAGGACGGUGGCCACGGCGCACCUCCCGCUCGACGUGUUCAGUCCGUCGCGUCCCUCUUCCCGUUUAGCGAAGAGGAGAUAG